AUGCACGGCGACCCUCCGCCCCCGACCCUUGUCGGCCUGAUUUAUCCAGUCCCGACCGUUCCCGGGCCUGCUCCCCACUACAUCGAAACCCCGGCCCCGAUAGGAGGUGCUCCGACUACUCCCGGCACUGCGCCCGUAGAGGCACCUGUCUACUCGGCCCCUACUGGUGGCGAGGGCUCGUCCACCCCUGGAACCGCCCCUACUUACCCUGGAACGGCCCCGACCACGCCAGGCUCCGCGCCGGUGCAAGCCCCCGUCUACACGGCACCCUCACCUGUCUCUGGACCGGACAGCGCCCCGACUAGCGACAUAGAGAGGUGCAGCAACGGUGUUUACGGCAUCGAGUCGUCCAACGGCAAAGCGUGCUGCGCGUUGACUUGCGGGUCUUGCGGUGGUGUUGGCUGCAGCGGGCGCCCGGGAGGGUCCUACGACUGCUGCGAGAGCGAAAUCGUGGAAGAGGGAGAGGCUUGCGCUGCAACUGGAGCGUCUCCUUGCUACAUUGACGGAGAUGAGGUGCUGAACCCGGUUGUUCCCUCCAUGUCCCCCGUGGUGCCCGAAGAGACGGACAUGCCCAGCGGCUCCGGCGGCGGCUCGUAUGACUUCGUUUCGUGGGACGGAGACAGCAUGGACGACCAGUUCAUUUUGUGCACCAAUGGCGUCCCCGGAAUGGAGUCUGCCGGGGGCGAGGUUUGCUGUCUGGCCGACUGCGGUCAAUGCGGGGGUGUGGGCUGCGGCGAGUUCGGCGGCGAAGAUUGCUGCGUCACCGAGAUCAUGGACUAUGGGCAGCCGUGCUCAGAGACCGGAACGGCUCCUUGCUACCUCGACGGCUAA